AUGGCUCAGGUAGCUGCCGUGUUUCUACUUCUAUUUACCAAUCUUACGCUGUGCUAUUCUAUAUCAUACCCUCCUUUGUACCAAAGCGAACAUUCUCCAUCAUCGCCUCGCUCGGAGCUUAACAAGUGCAAUGCCGACGGAUACUCGACAUGUGGCAAAGGCCUUCCCGACGACUUCUGUUGUCCUUCUGGGAGCACAUGUCUUUCGAUCGCAUCAAACACAACUGCACUAUGUUGCCCCAAGGGCCAGGAUUGCAGCAUAAUUCAAGUAAUUACUUGCGACAUUCAGCAGCAAAAUGUGACUGCUGCCCCCGAAUCCGGAAUACACACAACAACUCUUGAAAAGUCUUUGCCUCUAUGUGGCAUCGAUUGCUGCCCUUUCGGUUAUCACUGCAACGAAGAUUUGAGCUGUGAGCUAGAUAAGGAUGUGGCUGUGACCACAGGAGACAAAUUCAACAUCUCGACUAUACUGUCGACGACGCAGAUCACGACCGUACCAAGUUCUACUUCACAAACUUCAUCACCCACCGUGUCUUUUUCAUUGGUCACGACGACAAUAAGAGUAUCCUUAUCGACAGCAACAUCAGUAACGGGCGACACGCCUGCUGCUACCACCGAAUAUAUACCUACCCAAUCCUCAAAUAAAACCAGCAUAGCUGUGGGUAGCACCAUUGGUGCCGCUGGGGCUGUUUCAGCCAUCGGCGCUGUCAUCUACCUCUGUAUGCGACGGAGGAGAACACGAAGAUCGGCGCAAAUACAAAAGAGUUGGCGGCGAACGUGGAGGCAGCAGCGACCUCAACAUGAUUCGGGCCUGACCAAGUUUCAUACAUGGCGAGGACAAAGCUACUAUGCGAAAGCCGAUGCGAGACCCAUCGUUAGAGUGCCUGUCGUGCCGCCGGAACCUGUCUACUAUGCAGAACUGCCUGCAACGCCUUUGUCUACCUUGUUUUGGGAUAAGAGCCUACCCAGAGCCCCCCAGACACGCCCACAAUCCACUUAUAAGACAUACAUGGGCACAAAGGCUGGAAAGUCGCAGGAUAGAUGGAGUCUUCAAUGAUAUAUAGUAAUUUUAGAGCACAACCUGAUAUUUUGAGACCAUGGUUUGUUACCUGUGUACCUUUUUUCACUUGUAUGUUUGCGAA